AUGAGUAAUUUUUUUGUGGAAAACGAAGAAGGUAUAUUUGUAGAAGAGGAGAAGGCUAUACUUGAAAAGGAGGGAUUUGAGGAAAAUGAAAGUGUAGGGUUUGAGAAAAAUGAAAGUGUAGGGUUUGAGGAAAACGAAGCCACGUUUGAAGAAAAUGGAAACACUAUGCUUGAGGAAACAAAGAGACUUGGUACUAGAAAAAGUGACAAAAUUGACUAA